AUCUCCUUUUUGGCUGAGAAUCAACAACAACAAAAGAGACAAAAGGAACAUAUUGUAAACAAAACAAAUAAAUUAUGGCAGGUGGAGGAUUUGCUGAUCCAGGGGCUCUUAAAAGGGCUCAUCUUUAUGAAUAUAAGAUUACAGGGUACUUUAUUUUUUCUUGCAUUGUUGGUGCUCUUGGUGGUUCUCUCUUUGGAUAUGAUCUUGGUGUUUCAGGUGGUGUUACUUCCAUGGAUGAUUUCUUGAUAGAAUUCUUCCCACAAGUGUAUGAGAGGAAACAUGCACACAUGGAAGAAACAGAUUACUGUAAAUAUGAUGAUCAGAUGUUGACACUCUUUACCUCUUCUCUUUAUUUUGCUGCCUUGGUGUCCACAUUUGGUGCUUCCAGCCUAACAAAAAACAAAGGGAGGAAAGCCAGUAUUAUUGUUGGUUCUGUUAGCUUCUUCAUAGGAGCUGUCCUUAAUGCUGCUGCCUCCAACAUUGCAAUGUUGAUCACUGGUCGUAUCCUUCUUGGCAUUGGCAUUGGAUUUGGUAACCAGGCUGUUCCAUUAUAUCUAUCAGAAAUGGCUCCGGCAAAAGUAAGAGGAGCAGUGAACCAACUAUUUCAACUAACAACUUGUUUGGGAAUUUUGGUUGCUAACUUGGUAAACUAUGCCACUGAGAAAAUUCAUCCUUGGGGAUGGAGAUUAUCUCUUGGUUUAGCAACAAUUCCAGCAACUGUUAUGUUUAUUGGUGGUUUAUUGUGUCCUGAGACACCAAACAGUCUUGUGGAACAAGGCAAAAUGGAUGAAGGAAGAAAAGUGUUGGAGAGAGUUAGAGGUACUACCAAUGUUGAUGCUGAAUUUGAUGAUCUUGUUGAUGCAAGUAGAGAAGCACAAGCCAUUAAGAAUCCAUUUCAGAACCUUCUGUUGAAAAAGAAUAGGCCACAAUUCAUAAUUGGUGCUUUGGCUAUUCCUGCAUUCCAACAAUUGACAGGAAACAACUCUAUUCUUUUCUAUGCACCUGUCAUUUUCCAGACUCUUGGAUUUGGAUCUGGAGCCUCUCUUUAUGCUUCUGUCAUUACCAGUGUUGCACUUGUUCUUGCCACUUUGAUCUCUAUGUUUUAUGUUGACAAGUUUGGUAGGAGAGCUUUCUUUUUGGAAGCAGGUGCUGAAAUGUUCUUUUGCAUGGUUGCUACAGCAGUUGUUUUGGCUCUUGAGUUUGGUAAAGGCAAAGAACUAUCAUUUGGUGUUAGCAUAUUUUUGGUUAUUGUGAUUUUCAUGUUUGUGUUGGCCUAUGGAAGAUCUUGGGGACCCUUAGGGUGGUUAGUUCCAAGUGAACUCUUCCCAUUAGAGAUAAGAUCAGCUGCACAGAGUGUUGUGGUUUGUGUUAACAUGAUCUUCACUGCAUUUGUGGCACAAUUCUUCCUUUUAUCUCUUUGCCAUCUUAAAUAUGGAAUCUUCUUGCUUUUUGGAGGCUUGAUUGUCUUCAUGAGUUGCUUUGUCUUCUUUUUCUUGCCUGAAACAAAGCAAGUUCCAAUUGAAGAGAUUUAUCUUCUCUUUGAAAAUCAUUGGUUCUGGAAGAAAAUAGUAGUGGAUGGAAAUCAAGAUAAAUCACAAGAACAUGCAUAAGAUGUAAACAAAUUCAACAAUGAAAAAUUGUUGUAUUAAAUUUAUUUAUUUCUUUGUAAGGAAAUGGCAUUUUGUGUUUGAAAAGAGUGAGAAGAAAUAAAUAUCAUUGUGACUUCU